CUUUGUGAUUUUCCGUUGGGCGCCAUUUUGAUAGAAGUGUCGUGUGAGAGGCGCCGCGGGAGUACUUUGUUGACGUUUAAACCAAUUUAGCCUCGAGUUGGCGCAGAUUUUUACACGGACUAGGCCAUUUCAGCGAACCGAAAAUGGCUACGGGAGCGAACGCGACUCCUUUAGGGAAGUUGCACCCCAGCAUUGGCGCUAAACGGGGAUUUGACGCCGGGCCUGGCGCCCCUGGGAACGGGCUGAUGCCGACUCCGGUGCCUCCCGGAUCCUUCCCGUCCCUGCAGGGUUUCCAGCCCGCGAUUCCCAGCGCGCCGUUUCCGCAGCCGCACCAAUUCAACCCGGUCGGUGCGAGUUUUUCGCCCCAGCAGCAGCAGCAGCAGCAGCAACAACCAGGCGCGGGGGCAGGAAUGGUGAAGCAAGAUUUCAGUCAGAAGAAGCAGAGGAAGAAAAGCCGCUGGAGCAGCGAGACUCCGGACCAGAAGACGGUGAUCCCGGGAAUGCCCACCGUCAUCCCGCCGGGCCUGACCCGCGACCAGGAGAGAGCUUAUAUAGUCCAACUGCAGAUCGAAGACCUGACUCGUAAACUGCGUACAGGAGACCUGGGAAUCCCUGUUAACCCUGAGGACAGGUCCCCGUCCCCAGAGCCCAUCUACAACAGCGAGGGCAAGAGGCUGAACACCCGCGAGUAUCGCACCAGGAAGAAGAUCGAGGAGGAGCGGCACUCGCUCAUCACCGAGAUGGUCGGACUCAACCCCGACUUCAAGCCGCCCGCGGACUACAAACCUCCAGCCACCAGAGUGAACGACAAAGUCAUGAUCCCCCAGGACGAAUACCCUGAGAUCAACUUCGUGGGUCUUCUCAUCGGUCCACGCGGCAACACGCUGAAGAACAUCGAGAAGGAGUGCUGCGCCAAGAUCAUGAUCCGGGGCAAAGGCUCCGUGAAGGAGGGGAAGGUCGGACGCAAGGACGGACAGAUGCUCCCGGGGGAGGACGAGCCUCUUCACGCUCUGGUCACGGCCAACACCAUGGAGAACGUGAAGAAGGCCGUGGAGCAGAUCCGCAACAUCCUCAAGCAAGGAAUCGAGACGCCCGAGGACCAGAACGACCUGAGGAAGAUGCAGCUGAGGGAGCUGGCCAGACUAAACGGGACCCUGAGGGAGGACGACAACAGGAUCCUUCGUCCCUGGCAGAACUCUGAGCCGCGCAGCAUCACCAACACCACCCUCUGCACCAAGUGUGGUGGAGCCGGACACAUCUCCUCCGACUGCAAAUACACCAGCACGUUCGCUGCUCACAGAGCGACCGGGGGCGAACCCCCCCAGUCCGCCCAGGACAAGGCCCGCAUGGACAAGGAGUACCUGUCCCUCAUGGCGGAGCUGGGCGAGGCCCCCGUGCCCACGUCCGGGGGGGGACACUCCAGCAGCCAGGGGGGGGCGCCGCGAGCAUCGGGCCCCAACAACAACCAGCCGCCACAGAACCGGCCCCCCUGGAUGAGCUCCGGCCCCACCGAGAGCAGGAGCUACCACGGGAUGCACGGCGCCGGCCCCGGGGGCCCCCACAGCUUCCCCCCGCCCAUGCCCAGCAUGGGGGGGCCCCCGAUGCCCCCCAACCCCAACGGCAUGCCCCCUCCCUGGAUGCAGCCCCCUCCUCCCCCCAUGAGCCAGGCCCCCGGGCCCCACGGACACCCCAUGGGUUUGCUGCCGCCUCCGAUGGGCAUGAUGCCGCCUCCCCCGCCUCCCCCCAGCAGCCAGCCGCCCCCGCCUCCUUCCGGGCCCCUGCCGCCGUGGCAACAGCAGGCCCCGCCCCCGCCUCCGACCAGCAGCAUGGCAACCAGCACGCCGCUGCCAUGGCAACAGAACACCACCACCACCUCCAGCCCCGGCACCGGCACCCUGCCGCCGUGGCAACAGCCCCAGCAGCCGGCCGCCUCCGGGGCCCAGCCGCCGCCGCCGAUGGGCACCCCGUCCAUGGUGCCGCCCCCCCCGGGGGUCCAGCCGCCGCUGCCCCCCGGCGCCCCCCCUCCGCCUCCCCCGCCGCCCCCCGGCUCCACCGGCAUGAUGUACGCGCCGCCGCCGCCCCCCCCUCCCAUGGACCCCUCUAACUUUGUCACCAUGAUGGGGAUGGGAGUCCCGGGCAUGCCCCCCUUCGGCAUGCCCCCCGCCCCCCCACCUCCUCCGCCCCAGAAUUAAACCCAGCCUCAGAAGAAUCGUCCUCACACACACACACACACACACACACACACACACACACACACACACAGAGUGUCACUAAUGCAACACAAUAGACUGACGUUAUAUACACAAGAACAACUGUGUGCACACAGACGAACGAAUAUAACCAGUGCUUUAUUUUUUAUUGAUCCUUGAUAUUAUGAAGACAUCUCUGAAACGAUGUGGGGGAAUAAAAAGGGUGUGUUGUUAGUACAAGUUUGUAAAGUCGCGUAACUUUAGUUCCUUUUUUUUUUUUCCCCUGUUUUUAAAGUUUGUAUUAACGCAGAUCUACUCGUGUGCGUACAAACGCCGUCGACCCUCCGCUGUGCGUUCACGUUGUUCCUCGUUGCACAGAAUAAAACCGUUUCAACAGCUCCGACUUUAAUCACUGUUCAUCGACCUGAACCUGAGCUUCUCAGUGGAUUUAAUAUAUUGAAGUUUGCAUGCAUCCAUGUUUUUUUUGUUUUUUCUUUCCUCCUCAAAGUGGCACAUUAAUCCCCUCCCCCCCCGUCCAGUCCUGUUCUGGGUUUGAGUUUGAGAUGAAUAUUUUUCUAAGAAGAUGUGAAGUGUAUCUUAGUUCUAUAAAAAGCUUUGUAGUACUGUGUCUUAAAAAUACUUUUUUCUUUCCCUUUUCUUUCUCAAGGAUUUUUUUUUUGUUUUUUUUUUUUUUGUCUUUUUCGUUACCGACCUGCGUCUCAGUUGUGACAUUGUGAAUUUUUUUGAAAAGGGGAUUAAAAAGAGGGGCCCGCGACUACUUGACUUGGUGCGAAAGAUAUCCUUGUUUUCUGCAUCUCUGCUGUGAUAAGACGCUGUGUGCAGUGUUUUGUGUUGCUUCUGCAAGGACAAAAAAAAAAAAAAAAAAAAAGAAAAUCUCUCUUUUUGUCUGAAUUCGUUAGAGGAUGAAAAAUGUUUUACUGUUUUCUGGAGUUUUUUUUUUUUUUUUUUUUUUCUUGUUACGCCGCUAGCUUGAAUGACCAGCUGUUGAAAUCUUGCUUGGUUUAGUAUUAAACUGAAUAAUUUCACCUA